AUGACAUCUAAGAGACGGUUUUCCAAUCAGAGUGACCAUAAAACUGCUGUGGAAAGCUCUGUUCCCGAGCAUGCUGCCGAAGUAGCAGAGGAAUUGAGUAAGAAAGGACCUCAAUGGCACGAGGAGGCUAUGACGCACCACGAUGCUGGUGAAUUUGCGCAACUGCAGCGCCACAAAACUACUGCCGAACAAGCUGCCAAACUUGAGGAUGGAUCUCUCAAUCCUUUCACUGGGGAGGCCUUCUCGCCCCGUUAUUUUGAUAUUUUGAAGAUCAGAAGGGAACUGCCAGUGCACGCCCAGAGAGAUGAGUUUCUAAAAAUCUACCAAGAAAACCAGAUCAUGGUAUUUGUCGGUGAGACCGGUUCCGGUAAAACAACUCAAAUUCCACAGUUUGUGCUAUUCGAUGAAAUGCCUCACUUGCAAAAUGAGCAGGUGGCUUGUACGCAACCUCGUCGUGUGGCAGCCAUGUCCGUUGCCCAGAGAGUUGCGGAAGAAAUGGACGUGAAGCUAGGAGAAGAGGUUGGUUAUUCCAUUCGUUUUGAGAACAAGACCUCCAAUAAAACUAUCCUCAAGUACAUGACAGAUGGUAUGUUGCUGAGGGAAGCCAUGGAAGACCACGAUCUGUCUCGUUAUUCUUGUAUCGUUUUGGAUGAAGCGCACGAAAGAACUCUGGCUACCGAUAUACUAAUGGGGCUGUUGAAGCAAGUGGUGGUUCGCAGGCCAGAUUUGAAAAUUAUCAUCAUGUCUGCCACGUUAGACGCCGAGAAAUUUCAGAGAUAUUUCAUGGAUGCCCCGCUUUUGGCCGUUCCCGGUAGAACUUUUCCAGUUGAACUUUAUUAUACACCUGAGUUUCAGAGGGAUUACUUGGAUUCCGCCAUUCGCACAGUCUUGCAAAUCCAUGCCACGGAGGACCCUGGUGAUAUUCUGUUGUUUUUGACAGGUGAAGAGGAAAUCGAGGAUGCAGUUAGAAAGAUUUCCUUGGAAGGUGACCAACUCAUGAGAGAACAAAACUGUGGACCAAUCAGCGUCUACCCUCUAUAUGGUUCUUUACCACCUCACCAGCAGCAACGCAUUUUCGAACCGGCUCCAGAUGCUAUUAAUGGCAGACCCGGUAGGAAAGUUGUAGUGUCCACCAAUAUUGCUGAAACUUCUCUGACAAUCGACGGCAUUGUCUACGUGGUAGACCCCGGUUUCUCGAAACAAAAGGUCUACAAUCCCAGAAUUAGAGUCGAAUCUCUUUUGGUCUCCCCAAUUUCUAAGGCCUCUGCUCAACAAAGAGCAGGUCGUGCAGGUCGUACGAGACCUGGUAAAUGUUUCAGGCUCUACACCGAAGAGGCUUUCAAAAAGGAAUUGAUAGAACAAAGUUACCCAGAGAUCUUACGUUCCAACUUGUCCUCCACGGUUUUAGAACUAAAGAAGCUAGGUGUUGACGAUCUGGUGCAUUUUGAUUUCAUGGAUCCACCUGCUCCAGAAACCAUGAUGAGAGCCCUCGAGGAACUGAACUAUCUGGCAUGUUUGGACGAUGACGGUAAUUUAACAGCGUUGGGUAGGUUGGCCUCCAAUUUCCCAUUGGAUCCUAUGUUGGCAGUGAUGCUCAUAGGGUCCGCAGAGUUUCAUUGUUCGGAGGAAAUGCUUACAAUUGUCGCGAUGCUAUCAGUCCCUAGUGUUUUUGUUCGCCCUGCGAAGGACAAAAAAAGGGCCGACGAUGCGAAGGCAAUCUUUGCUCAUCCCGAUGGCGAUCACAUCACCCUGCUAAACGUCUUCCAUGCUUUCAAAUCCGACGAGGCUUACGAAUACGGAAUCAACAAAUGGUGCCGUGAUAACUUUUUGAAUUACCGAGCUCUGUCAUCAGCCGAUAAUAUCCGCUCUCAGCUUGAAAGACUGAUGACCAGGUACAAUCUACAACUCAACACCACAGAUUAUGAAGAUCCUCGUUACUUUGACAACAUCAGAAAAGCGUUGGCUGCUGGAUUUUUUAUGCAAGUUGCCAAGAAGAGGUCGGGUGGCAAGGGCUACAUCACUGUCAAAGAUGACCAAGAUGUCUUGAUCCACCCCAGUACAGUGCUUGGGCACGACGCCGAAUGGGUUGUGUACAACGAGUUUGUGCUGACGUCGAAAAAUUACAUCAGGACUGUUACUUCAGUGCGACCCGAAUGGCUCGUGGAACUGGCACCUGCUUACUACGACCUGGAAAACUUCAGAAAGGGCGAUGUUAAGCUCUCAUUGGAGCGCAUCAAGCAAAAGGUCGACAGAGUCAAAGAGCUUAACGAGGAGAAGGCCAAGAAGAAGAGCAAAAAGAGCAAGCGCAGUGAUUAA